AUGAAAGCACAACAUGCUUUUCAAAGCUUCCAAACCAAGCUCCAACUUUCUUCCAAAGUCCCAUUCCAUGUAUUAAACAACACAGAAAUAGAUGAGGCUUUUUUUUUUUGCUUUUCUCCCCCAGAACUUGACUGGCUCUCUAGAGUGUAUGUGAAUCGACCUGCAGUUGUGCGGCAUGCAGAGCAAAUUAAAACGUGGAGAACUGUGAAAGGUAAUUGGCAAGCUGCUUGGCUGCUGAAAGCUGUCACCUGCAUAGACCUCACCACGCUUUCGGGCGAUGACACUCCUUCCAAUGUUCAAAGACUGUGUUUUAAAGCAAAGCAUCCUAUCAGAGAGGAUCUGCUCAAAGUUUUGAACAUGCAUGAUAAAGGCAUUACUGUGGGAGCAGUUUGUGUAUAUCCUGCAAGAGUCACCGAUGCUGUUAAUGCCCUAAAGGCUGCUGGUUGCAACAUACCAGUAGCAUCAGUGGCUGCUGGGUUUCCAUCUGGACAAACUCCUCUAGAAACCAAACUGGCUGAGAUAAGACUAGCUGUGGAGUAUGGUGCCAGGGAGAUUGACAUUGUCAUUAGCAGGAGUCUGGUGCUGACUGGGCAGUGGGAAGGUCUCUACGAUGAGAUCCGUCAGUGCCGUGAGGCCUGUGGAGAAGCUCAUAUGAAAACAAUCUUGGCGACAGGUGAACUGGGGUCCCUUGCUAAUGUCUACAAAGCCAGUAUGAUAGCUAUGAUGGCAG